AUGAUAUCGAGAAUUUAUUCAUUAACGAGAUGUUCUUCGACACUAACAACAACAAUCAAUUCCUUCUAUGAUAUUAUCAUAAUUGGUGGUGGAAUGGUUGGUAAUGCGAUGGCUUGCUCUCUUGGAUUGAAUAAACGUUUCAAAUCGAAAAAGAUACUUGUGCUGGAUUCAGCAGAAAUUAAAGCACCGAUAAAAAAUUCACCAUAUGGAAAUCGAGUUACAGCAGUAUCACCUCCGUCUGUAUUACUUUUCCAAAAAUUGGGAAUUUGGAAUGAUCUUGUGGAUUUGAGAGUGAAGCGAGUUGAUAGACUUCAGGUUCUGGACAGUUGUUCACAUUCAUCAAUACGAUUUGCCCAGCCAGAUCCAACCAACGAAGUCGCUUAUAUGAUCGAAAACCAUGCAAUCAUCGGAUUUCUUUCAAAUCGUAUCAAAUCAAACUGCCCAAAUGUCACAGUUAGGACGAAAGCAAAAGUAGUUGACUGUAGAACUCCAUCUAGUUUGGAUGAAUUUGCUACAGUUAUACUGAAUGAUGGAACUAAAUUGCAAACAUCUCUUAUUAUUGGUGCCGAUGGUGCUAGAAGUGUGGUGAGAGAUAUGCUCAACUUCAAAUACACUUCAUGGGGAUAUGGACAGUCAGCAGUGGUUGCAAACCUUCAGGUGCAAGCUGAUCUUUCUCUCCCUUUUAUUAUCCAUACUGUUUCGGACAUAUUAUGCAUAGGGUUAACUCGUGAUGUUGAAGCAUAA